CGGAAGAUAAACUUUCGUGUUGAUUUACGUUUGCAGGUAUGCAGUGGUCACCGGUGCAAACAAGGGCAUAGGCUUUGAGAUCUCUCGACAGUUAGCCCGUGAAGGUGUUACUGUCAUUUUAACCGCUAGGGAUGAGAAGAGGGGAAUGGAGGCCACAGCAUCACUAAUCAACUCUGGAUUGCCAAAUGUGGUUUUCCACCAGCUAGAUGUUCGAGAUAAUGCCAGUGUGAAUUCUUUAGCCGAAUUUGUGCGAACCCAAUUUGGGAGGCUUGAUAUCUUGGUAAAUAAUGCUGCUGCAAAUGGAGUCAUUGCUGAUGUGGAAGGUCUGAAAGCUUUAAAAAUUGAUACUGAAACCUGGCUCUCUGGCAUGGCAGCCUACUUGGUGGGAGGAGUAAUUCAACAAACUUACGAAAAGGCAGAAGAAUGCUUAGACACUAAUUAUUACGGCUGCAAAAGAGUCACAGAAUCACUUGUCCCGCUUCUUAAUCUUUCAAUAUCAGGAGCAAGGAUUGUUAAUGUGUCUUCCCUUAGGGGAGAGCUAAAGAGAAUUUCGAGUGAAUGGAUAAGAAAUGAGCUAGGGAACAUUGACACACUAACAGAAGAGAAAUUGGAUGAAUUACUACAAAGAUUCUUACAGGAUUUUAAGCAAUGUGCAAUUGAGGCUAAUGGAUGGUCCAUUAUGUUGCCUGCUUAUAGCAUCUCAAAAGCUACAAUUAAUGCAUACACAAGGAUUCUUGCUCAGAAGUACCAAAAAAUGUGCAUAAAUUGUGUCCAUCCAGGCUAUGUCAACACCGAUUUGAAUUGGAAUACAGGACCAAUGACUCUGGAAGAGGGAGCUAAAGGUCCAGUCAUGUUAGCUUUGCUACCAAAUGGAGGCCCUUCAGGUUUCUAUUUUGAUCAGACAGAAAUGUCAGAGUUCUGAUGAUUAUGAUAAGAGUUGGAACU